GCACACUGAGCCAACAUGGGAGGCAAACUGUCAGUCAAACGGAAGAGGAAAGAACACAAACAAAAAGUCAGGAUUAGACCUAAACUUCGAGAACCACACACGGAUUACGAAGAAUUUGAAGUUUCGACCUACAGAGACAAAUUUGUGUCUGACUUAUACGAGAACGUGUCGCAGGGAGGCGACUUUGUACAUGAAAUAUACGACAAUGUCUCUCAUGGAGGUGACUUUGUGCCCCAUCAAGCCAACGUCGUCGCUCAUAACGUGAUCUCUGAGGACAGCAGGAGCGGGACAACCUACGAGGAGAAGUGUUAUGACCCUCAGGACCCCACGCUCACCUUUGCAGAUGGAGAAGAUGAGAUGGACUUUUUGUGUAAUGAGUACAAGUCCCUCAGAGCAAAGAUGUCCUGUGGUCACGUUGUCACUCCGAUGUCUCUGACCGACUGGUGUCUCAGGCUGCUGGAUGACGAGGGCAAGUGUGAAUUUGUGUGCGGUAACUGUGAGGCUGAGUGGUCCUUCGACGAGGUUUCUAAGAUGGCUCUCCUGACUCCGGAAGAAGUGGAAGAAUUUGAGAAGAAAAUAUUCCAUAACGCUGCGAAGAACUUCUUGGACAUCAAACAAUGUCCUGGUUGCAAGUCUCGUGUGGUGAGAAAUGACCUCUCCAAUCUGAAUGUAGAGUGCUCGGUGUGCACAGUCAGCAAGAGAAGGACUUACAGGUUCUGCUGGCAGUGUCUGAGGGAAUGGAAAGGUCGGGCUCCUCGCUCAGACCGCUGUGACAAUGACGGCUGCCCAGAUCCUUUGGACAUAUUGAAAAACUGUCCGGACAUCGUCUUCAAGGACGUGAAGGGGGUCGACAGCUGUCCCUGCAUCCGAGCCUGUCCCACCUGUGGCAUGCUGGUGGAGCAUAACAAAAAACAGUGUAAAAGCAUGGUCUGUCCCCGGUGUAAGGUGAAAUUCUGCUUCGUGUGCCUGAAAAAGAACAAGGACUGUCUGCAGGACAACGCAUACAUUCUCUGCCCCGCUGGUGUAGCACCCAGACAGAGAUCUAUACCUGUGUGGAAGAGGACCUAGUCUGGUGAUUGAAACUCGUAAUCUCAUAGAAUAAAAUACGUCCCUUUUUUGUUGUUGUUGUCGUUGGUA